GGUGGAGCCGUUCCCGGCCCAUGAUGGCGGAGGCGGGCGCGGACGGCCCCCGGCUGGCGGAGCUGCUGGCGUUGGGACGGCGGCUCUGGGACGAGCUGGAGGCCAGCACCGAGCCGUCCUCCGGAGCCCCGGCCGUGCAGGAGAAGGUGCGGCAGGCGCUGGACGCGCUGCGGCGGGCGGCGGCCAUGGUGGCGCAGCUGGAGCUGUUCAGUGAGAAUGAAGAACUGGAGGAAGUCGCCUCGGCCGAUCUGAAAUUUAUGCUGCUGCCGGCACUGCUGGGUGCCCUGACGCUGAAACAGGUGGACCUGAGCAGGAGAAUGGAGCACCUGGAGACCGCCCGGGAGCAUUUCCUGCGCUUCCUCAAGCUCUGCAGGAACUACGGGCUGGGAUCUUUCCAGCUGCCCCCCAGCACCUCCAGCGAGGAGGGAGCUGGGGCCCCCCCGACCCCCCGCGACCCUGCCCAGCCCAACCUGAUGGCCAUGGCCAUGAGCAGGACAGCCAAAAUUGAAAGAUACAAACAGAAGAAGGAGCUGGAGAACAAAUUGGCCUCCAUGAGCAGCUCUGUGGAGAGCGGGACAGCAGAUGAGGAGCAGAUCCGGGAGUUUUACAUCCUCCAGAUCCAGAAAUGGAUCGGCACCAGCCUGGAGGAGAUUGACAGCAUCGACCAGGAGCUGGUGAUCCUCAGGAGCAGGGAUGCAGCCCGGCAGGCUUCAGCAGGAGCCCACGGCCCUUCCCGGCCAGCCAGAGCUCCAAUGAAACCCUUCAUCCUCACCCGGGAUGCUGCUCAGGCCAGGGUUUUUGGAGCUGGCUAUCCCGGGCUGCCCACCAUGACUGUGGAUGACUGGUACGAGCAGCGCCGGAGGCAGGGAGUUGUGUCCGCCCCACAAAGGGCUUCAGCAGGUGCAGUUGAUGAGGAAUUGCAGAAACAGCAGCAGGAGAAAAAGGAGGAGGAGGAUGAUGAGGAAGCUCUUCAGAGAGCUCGGAACUGGGAUGACUGGAAGGACACACACCCCCGGGGCUACGGCAACAGGCACAACAUGGGCUGAWGCUCUGGCUGCCAGCAGGAGAUCCUGGGAGAACAACCUGGAGAGGGAGGAGGGAAUACAAUGUACAUAGAUGGAGCAGCCAGGAAUUCCCUGGGAGCCUUGGAUCGCAGGAGAACACGUGCCCCCUGGCUUUGGUUGGCAUUCCAUGUCAGACUGGGGGUGCUCAUUGUUUUGGGGGUGCCCCAGAGCUCUGAGGGGCAGCUCCAUGAGGGUCAAGCUCCCUCUGCCCUCCCAGGYGGAGGCAGCCUCCAAGGGGAGCUCCAUGGAUUUGGAAACUGCUCUUUGCCUUGUGGGUGGAUGUAUUUAUUUUUUUUUUCCUCUCUAUUUUAAGCAAAAUAAACUCUCUUUGUGUUG